ACAAAGAUGGCGGCUGCGGCAUCUGGGGAAUGCCCGGAUGAGAAGGCCUCAGACGGGGUUGGCCCCGCCCCCCAUGGGAACUGCCCCCUGGGUCGCUGAAGGGACACACUCCAGAGGCGUCGCCUUUAACUAGCAGUGGGGACAGGAACAGAGGCUGCUGAAGGCGGCUGGCGGGACACAUUCGAGUCAGUCCUAGGGUCGAGGGAGCGGACGUGUUUCUGCUCCGCACACCCAGCUGCCUUAGAGCGGCGGCCCGAAGCCCGCCGCCGGGAGGAGCCGGGGGCGGGGCGGGAGUGGGCGGGAACGCGGCCGGGCGCGCGGCGCCGGGGGCGGAGCCCUCCCAGGCUCCCAGGCCCGCCGCCCCGCCUCCAGGCGGGGGCGCCGCCGCAACCGCCGGCGCCCCAAGGAGACGAGCCGGGCCGCCGCGCGCCGGGCAGGCCCCCCGCCCCUCUGGCUGUCGGGCGGGCAGCCCGGCCUGCGGCGCCUGAGCCGGGCGGGCGGGCGCAGGGGAGCUCCGCGUCGCCUCGCGUCACCCCGCGUCACCCCGCCCCGCCCGCUUCCCAGAGCCUGCGCCCCGCCCCGCGCGCAAGCGCACAGCCGCCUUUCGGGUCCGCCCUUUUUCGAGAUUUGAAUUUCCCCCAGCAAAGCCGAGAGGCCAAAUACCCGGAUGGUGCUCGCUGGCCUUUUCGCGCCAAUACUGUAAGUUCUCAUAACAACCUUCAGAGGUGGGUACUGGCGUCACCCUCACGUUCCAAAUCUUGCAGGAGACCGUCUCGUCGCAGCACCUUCAUGGUCACUGCCAGACGCAGGCUGUAAUGCGCUGCUGUCCAGGGUCUUGGAGUGACAGCAGUUUAUGCAUCUGGAGGCAUUUGUUUGAGAACGGCCAAAGAGUCCUGUGACGCAGCUAAAGACGAGAGCCCUCACCUGUGUUUGUGUGGCCUCUGACCAUUCACAGCACCGCUCUGGCCCCAGGUCCUUCCCCUGUAAAAUAAGGAAGCCGAGCUGCUGGUUCCCAGGGAACUCGCCCCCAUGCAGUGACUCUCUUCUCAGAGUUCAAGAGUCACGGUGCUGGCUCUAAGCUCCUUGGACAUCCGGGUGGCCCCUGAUCUGCAGAAGGGCAGCAAGGCUGGUCCAGGGAGUCAGGGGCACAGCAAGCAUUUGUUAGAGAUGCUCCCGGCCGAAGAAGCCAGUACUGCAACAGGCGAUGGUGGCUCCUGACCCAGGAAGCAGGAGCACUUCUUAACGGUCAGCCAGGAGUUGUCAUGUUUUGCAGGACUUCCCCCAAAGACCCCAGAACCAGCACCCGCGGGGAUAAUGCUCUUGAGCCCGCUGGCCAUCCUGUGCUGAAGCAGGCUGGGAAGAACGUGGAGUGUUGGGUCCCAAGGCUCCUGGCAGCUCAGGGGUACAGCGGAGCUGGGCCGUAAGGUCCCCAGCGUGGUCUUCUGGGUGGACCUGGAAAGCAGGUUUCCCUUUCCGUUUGCACAGCGGCCGGAGAGGGCUCACUUGCCCUGCCCUGUCCGGACCUCCUUCUCUGACAGGCUGACAGUUUGGCUCCUGUCCCUGGCUCUCCUCCAUGGCGGCGGGCAGACAGGAGGGUCUUCACGCCAGCGAGUCAGGCCCCAGGCCAACUCUGAGCACAGCCGCCCCAGAGCCUGACAGUCCACGGAAAGAGGCAGAACGGGCCUCCGCCGGUGCCAACCAAUCAGCAGAACCCCCGCCUUCCCCUGGCCCGCCCCCGCCCCUGCGGAGCAAGGUCACAGCAUCUGCGGCGGAAAUCACGGGGACGGCUUCCUGCUGGCUCAGCCGGGAGGCCGAGGCACGGCGUUGGGCCAGAAACUGUUUCUCUGAAUUCUGAAACACCCGCGGCGACAGCUGCUCCUUGCGCUCUCCGGCCUGGGUCGCACCUCGGGGAUGAAGGCCGCGUCGGGGCGGGCCCUGCUCCACGUGGCCCUGGCCAGCUGCCUGUGCGUGGCCGCCGUCCGCAGCGGUGUCUUCGACGGUGUCUUCGUCCAGGUGGGCCGCGAGCACUACGCCGAAGCCCCGCUCGCCGGCCUCCCCGCUUUCCUGGCCAUGCCCUUCAACUCACUCGUUAACUUGGCCUACGUGCUCCUGGGCGCCUACUGGCUCCAGAGCGAGGCCGGCGCCCCCGGGGGCCCCGCCGAGGUGCGGAGGGCGCGCUACCUCAAGGAUGUCUUCGCCGGCAUGGCCCUGGUCUACGGCCCGGUCCAGUGGCUGCGGAUCGCGACGCAGACGCGGGCCGCCGCCGUGCUGGACCAGUGGCUCACCUUGCCCAUCUUUGCGUGGCCCGUGGCCUGGUGCCUCUGCCUGGACUGGGGCUGGAAGCCCUGGUUGCUCCUGGCCGUCGAGGGCCUGUCCCUGAGCAGCUACGGCCUGGCCCUGCUGCACCCCUGUGGCUUUGAGUUGGCGCUGGGCGUGCACAUGGCCACUGCCGUGGGCCAGGCCCUGCGCACCCAGGGGCGCCGCGGCGGCACGUCCUCGGCAAAGUACUUGGCCCUGGGCGUGCUCUCCUGCGUGGGCUUUGUGGUCCUCAAGCUGUGUGACCAUCAGCUUGCGCGGUGGCCUCUCUUCCAGCGGCUCACGGGCCACUUCUGGUCCAAAGUCUGCGACGUGCUCCAGUUCCACUUUGCGUUCUUGUUCCUGACGCAUUUAAACACUUGCCAAAGACGCCCUCCCGGGGGGAUGAAGUAAAGCGAGGAAGGAAGGUGCUCCCAGUGUCAGGUGACGGCCUGACAGCGCACACAACGAUGCCGUGGGAGCCUGUCCCUUCCUGUGAAGCUGCGGGUUCGCGUGCUACAAAGAGUCAAUUUCAUGAAGUGUUAGGGUCUCUGCGACUUACUUUCAAGGUGCAGGGCUGUGGGGAGCCUUUGCCCUAUUCUUGUGUCUUUACUGCAGCUUGAAAUUUCUCAAAGUAAAAUGUUGGUUGUCAGA